AUGCUAAUAUUUUUCAUCACAACUAUCUAUUGUCAAUCAAUUCUUGAAGGUCUCAAAAUGGUCGAAAAAAGCCUAAAAUACACUUAUGAUAAAAGCAUUUUGUAUAAAAAUUGCAAAUCCAUUUUUGGUUUACCAUGUAAAAUCUAGUAAUAGUAGAAUUCUUUAUAAGAAUUAUAAAUGAAGGAAUACAUUGAUGAAGAAGCUGAUUUAUUCCUAGGCUUAAUAGAAUCAGAUUCAGAAUAUCACCAAUAUUAUUAAGGAGUGAUUAAUUAGAUAACAAAAGAAAUUGGACUUUAUGAUAUUAAUGAAGAAUUUUUGUCCGUAUUGAUGGAUUUCGAUUAAUUAAUCUUGGAAAAUGAAAAAAAAUUGAUUUAACAUAAAUACUAUGUUGAAUUACAAGAGAGGGAGAUCUAUAGUUUACAUAAUGAAAACGAUACAUUUAAAGAUAGUAAUGGAUCUCUAUUCAUUUAUUUCAAAGACCUCUAUAUUCCUAAAUAAGCAGUUUAAUAUGCAAAGACAUCCUCUAAAAAUGUAUAUAUUGAAACAGCUGAUAAAAAUGGCACAGUUUCAUUUAGUUAGGGAGUUUUUUUGAGCUCACUAUAUGUUAAGAGUUUAAAGAUGAAUUCAAAAAUUACAAUUGCGUUUUAGGGAGGAUUAACAAAUUCCUUAGAUGUCAAAGUUGAUGAAAAUUGGGUUUUAAUUAAGGGUCCAAUCGAUUAUUAAGUAAUAAAUAUAACAAUAAGCAAAAAUACAGCAAUUGAUUCUAUCUUAAUCAAAUUAAAGAAAUUUGCUUAUACUUAAGAAUAAAUAUCUACGUUGUUAGUUUAGAACUUAUUGUUAAAGUAGUAACUUCUACAUUAAGAUAAAAAAUUAAAUAAGUAAAUGAUAGAGGAGAACUAUGAGAAAUAAAAUAAGAAAUAAAAAAUGAUAAUUCUAUAAGAUAUGAAUUACGAUCAAAUCGAUGAAAUUAUAAGCUUUCUAGAAUUAAUAAAUUUGGAAUUUAAGAAGAUAAAGGGAAAUGAGUAAAAUAAGAAAUUGAAUUCAGAUUAGAUAUUGGAAGUUAUAGAAUAAAUUGUUAAUGUGUAAGAGAAUAAGAAAAUAUUUGUGAAAUUUCAAAACAUUUUGGAAGUAUUCUUUUAAUCUGAGUUCAAUGAGGAAGGAAUUUAAUUACUUUACUUGGAUUUGGUUAAAGCAAAAUCAGAACUGUAAGAGAAUUGA